AUGUCUUUUGUGAGAGAACUACUUUGUCUUUCUCUAAUUAAACAGUCAUGUAUUUUCUUAAUAGGAUGUCGGAAUGCACCAACACUCACCACACUACCUGGUUCUGGUAUUGUAUGUAACCUUGGUGACAGCUGUACUAAGAUUGACUGCUGUGUUGACAUUGCCAAGUUAGAUACGACCUUCAGAGUGUAUGCUGACCUUGAUGUGUGUAGUAAGGAGUUUACAGUUGGUGUAGAGAAUUUCAACAGGACUGUAUCCCUGAAUAGUUUCCAGUAUGCACAAGAAGAUACUUUCUCUUUUGGAGGACUUGUUAAUAUUAAAUAUAAAGUAGUGAACUACCAGAGUGAGAGAGUGUUUGUAGUCAAUAUGGACAUUGAAGUAUGCUAUUCUGCUGCUGGACCAUGUUCAGUACAGCACAAGAUACUUACCAAUGUCAAGUUACCCAAAUCUUCAUGUAACUACAGCCAGCCAUAUGCCAUUCCUGAUUUCUCAUUGGUGUCUUACAUGAGUGAGUUAGAAGUUGACACAAAUGUCAAUCAGCUACCAAGUUGGGCUGUUGACUUACUGAUGGAAGAAUUAGGAAUAGCAGGUUUCCAAAAAGAACCUCAGUGUGAAUUGUCAAGCUACUCUGGAGCUCUAGCAAAUGGAUGGGAUUCAACAGCUUGCGGAGAACUUAUAACACUACCACAGUUACCAGCCUAUACACGAUGCAGGUUACCAAGUUACUGUACUGGUGCCCAGUGCUGUUCAAACAUUGGUUAUCUUGGGAGAAAGUUGGAAGCCUUUGUUUUGGUGGAUCCAUGUAGCUACUCUGUCAGCAUUGGACUGGAGAAAAGAAAUAUCAAUGUUACAUUACUGGAAUUUACACAAGGCAGUUGGCAGAUGGUCACUUUAGGCAAUCUACUCAGACUUCAGUACAAAGCCGAGGAGCUGACAGCUGAGAAGGUUUACUUGUUGUACAUGACAAUCAGUAUAUGUUUUGAGACUGUAGGAGAUUGCCGUUAUACUUACACUGUAUUUGAUGGUGUAAAGAUUCCUAAACAACCGUGUGACUGGACGGGAGGAUAUGCUAUACCAGGUUUUAAUUUGAAUUCUUACCUGACUGGACAAGGAUAUUCCACAAGUACACCUCUGAACUCAUUAGUAUCCUCACAACUCUUGGAAUACCUGGGAGUAGCCAGUCUGCUGAAAACAACAGCUGAUCAGUGUCAAAUGUCUGACCCUCUUUAUUCAUCGCCAACUAAUGGCUGGACAAAAGAUGAAGGUUGUACAUCAGCCGUAGAUCUACCAACUCUAGGAAGUAAUAGUGUUUGUCACUUGUAUGACACCUGUACCGGUAUAUCAUGUUGUCUCCAUUCUAAUACUGUUGAAAGAAACUUCAAUGUCUACCUCAAACUGGAUCCCUGUACUCAGAAACUUGAUAUUGGUAUAGAAAAGUACCAGUUUGACUUUUCACUAUACACCUUUGCAUUUGAGACGACACAAUAUUUCCAUAUUGAUAGAGUUAUUGAAAUUGAGUACAAAAUAACAGAUUUGGUUGGUGAAAUGGUCUAUCUUGUGGAUAUGAAAGUUAAGAUUUGCUUCAAUGAUCCAACACCAUGUGACCUGCAAGAUACAAUAGUUCUGAAUACCAAAUUACCUAAGAUGGUGUGUCCAUGGUCUAGAGGAUAUCCAGACCCAAGUUGGUCCCUAAAUCAGUGGUAUUUGGACAAUUCUUUGACACCAGGAUCUAAUUUGGACCCCUCUGCAGUCUCUUCCCUGAUGGAGGCCUCAGAGAUAGCGGAAUAUUUACUCAGUCCUAUGGUAUCACGAGAUGACCCCUUCGGAAAAUACGCUGCAGCCUAUCUUGGUUGGAGUUCAGAGUGUACUGAUGCCCCUGUAGCUCUCCUUCAAUUGGACCAGUCUGUAAUAUCCUGUAAUCUAGAGAGCACCUGUCGGGGAUUGAGUUGUGCAUUAGACGUACCAUUCAUCAGUAAAACAUUUGAAUUCUAUAUGAGACUAGAGCAGUGCGACUACAUGUUAAAAGUUGGAAUUGAACGACAGCAAUACGAAAGAACACUCAAAGGAUAUCAAUGGGGAGAAUGGACACACGUUGACCUGAAUGGAAUUUUAAAAAUUAGUUUUGUUCUCCAUGAUUUGCACGCUGAGCCUGCAUUCCUGAUUUCUAUGAAACUGAGUUUAUGUUGGGAAGCUAACCAGCCAUGUGGAACUGUUUACAAUAUCUUAAAUAAAGUCAGACUACCCAAGAAAGUGUGUGAUUGGGACAGGAAGUUUCUUCUAAAUGACUUUUCCCUGAAUCAGUAUAAGACUGACAAUGGUAUUUCUACGCUUGAUGAACAUCAUGUGUCAGAUAUUCUACGCUUGACUGGUAUUUCACAAUACAUGAAGAGGACCCCAUGUGAUAGGACUGCAGCUCCUUACACUGGGGCUGAUGGAAACAACUGGAAAAAUGAUUGUGCUGAUCCUGUAGGUACUUUAUUACCUUUGGGUAGUGAUACCACAUGUCACCUUGACUCAUCAUGUACAGCUGUAGAUUGUUGUUUGGAUUCUACCAGCCUCGAUCUGACCUUCAAUGGAUAUGUCCGACUGGACCCAUGUAACUACAAAAUAUAUAUAGGACUGGAGGGUAUUGAUUUAGACUAUACACUCAUAGACUUUGGAUUUGGUACAGUGCAGCAUUAUGCCAUGAAUGAAGUUUUUAAUAUAGAUUUUGUGGUAGAUGAUCUAAGGGCAGAUGAAGUAUAUGUUGUAACCAUGAAUAUGUCAGUCUGUCUAGAAUCAGGAGGGGCAUGUGAAGUGUUAACCAAUGUAUUCCAGGAUCACAGGCUACCUAAAGCUGAAUGUGACUAUGAUUCACAGUUUGUUAUUCGUGGAUUCAGCUUAAAUGAAUACUUAGAUGAGAAGAGUGUACCUACAGACAGUGUACCCCUAGACGUCUACACUAUUGCCCAAUUACUACACGAUACAGCUCUUGCACCUUACAUGAUGGAUGAUGCUUGUGAUCAAACUGUUAUACCAUAUUAUCCCAAUGAUCAAGGAUGGAACAGAGCAUGUGAAGAACAUGUAGAAUUACCAGUACUGCAAUCUGGUACCAUCUGUCAUCUAUACAGCUCUUGUACUGGUGUCACCUGUUGUAGCAGCUUCCCAAGGAUCGAUAGAAAUGUUAACACACAGUUAAAACUGGAUCCCUGUAACCGUAAAAUGACCAUAGUCAUUGAGAAGCUUGAGAUUACCAUUAGCUUGUUUGGAUAUACAUAUGGUGAAGUUAAAAAAGUAAAAUUACAUGGAGUGAUGGGUCUUGAGUUUAAAAUUGAAAAUCUUGAAUCAGAAAGGAAGUUUCUGGUAGAUCUAGAGAUGAGUAUUUGUUUGGAGACCAAUGGAACCUGUGAAAUAACUGUCCCUGUCAUGAUAAGUACUGCCCUACCAAAGAAACCAUGUGAUUGGAAGAAUGAUUAUGUCCAAACAGAUUUUUCUUUCCUUGGUUUCCUGAAUGAGAAUGGGAUAGGUGUGAACGAUAAUCUAGAUACCAAUGAAAUGUCUGCUUUGAUAGAGAGGUUAGCCAUUGGAGAUUUUUUGAAAGACACACAAUGUAAUAGUUCUGCAUCUCCCUACAGUGGACAUUCAAAUGGUUGGAAAAAUUCUUGUGCACAGUCUAUGGCAACUCUUCCCACUAUAUCAGGUGCUGUAUGUAAUGUUGGCAGUGAUUGUACCACUGUCUACUGCUGUUUGCCAGACACCAGAAUCAGCAAAAGUUUUGAGACAUUUGUAAAGUUUGAGCCAUGUCUUUUCACAUUGAGUGUUGGAAUAGACAAAUUAACAUUCAGUACACUUUUGUUUGAUUAUGAAUGGGGUCAGCUGACUGAAGUUUGGUUGUUUGGAUACGUCAGAAUGGAGUUUACAGUGAGGGACUUGGAGAUGGAGGGAGAAUACUUAAUUGACAUGAAACUUCAGAUUUGUCGUGAGUCAGAUACAGUAACAACACCAUGUGGAGUUGAUAUUGUAAUCUUUGAUAAAUAUAGACUUCCUAAAUUGUCAUGUGACUGGAAUUCAGGAUUAGAUACAGGAUUCCAAGGAUUAACAACAUGGCUGACAGACAACAGUGUAACUAAGACAGAACCUCUGAGAGGACCAGAGACCUCCAAGUUAAUGUCUGAUGCUGGCAUUGCAGCUUAUCUGUAUGAACCAUCAUGUGAUCAGCAGGGUAGUACCUACUCUGGAAAUGUGGGAGGUGUCAAAAAUGAUUGUGGAAUGCCUGUUUCUGUCCCUGCGCUACCAUCAGGAGUUGUCUGUACUGUUUCCACGGAUACAUGUACUGGUUUGGAUUGCUGUAUCACCAUUCCACUAACAAACAAGACAAUGAACUUCCGUAUUAACAUAAAUCAUUGUUACCAGGACAUUACUGUUGGAUUGGAAUCAAUGUACAGAGAAUAUAAAUUACUCGAUUAUGAUUUUGGAACUGUUGAACAUUUCAACCUGAGAGGAGUUGGAAAAAUGGAAUACAAAAUAGAGGACUUCCUUGGAGAGGGUGCUUACUUGUUGGAUAUUAGUUUUUCAUUCUGUUUAGAGACAGGAAGUUGUGAAUUUACAGAAACUAUCAUCCAGGGGGUCAAGUUCCCUAAAAAGAAAUGUACAUGGGAUGAUACAUAUAGGGUGAAAGACUUUUCACUGGAACAGUGGAGUAGGGAGAGAUCUAUUAAUACAACACAAGUGUAUCCAGCUUAUUACAUCUCAGAACUUCUACAGAACUUAGACCUAACCACUUGUUAUAUUUUAUUUCAGACUUUUCAUUGGAACAGUGGAGCAGGGAGAGAUCUAUUAACACAACACAAGUGUAUCCAGCUUAUUACAUCUCAGAACUUCUACAGAACUUAG